GAUUACUUACUACUUCGGGGAUAGUCGACGACCAGUAUCUAACUACAGAAGCACCUUUCUGGACGCAGAAGGAAAUGAUGCCGGGCUGGGAAAAAAAGAAGCUCCACUCAGAAGCACAUCAGGAGCACAGUGGUUCAGAUGAUGAUGACAGGAUCAGACAGCAGAAACUUGCUUCAAGCACACUCAGCUCAGCUCAAGUCCAAGUUCGUCAUCCUCAGCGCUCGCUUCUCGAGUUCUAUGGAUGCGUGCAAGCUCUGGUUGAUCGCUUCGAGUCUUGUACACUGGCUGUUGCUCUUCAAGAUGAGUCACGGGACGCCGCUGCCGCCAGUUCGCUGCUUGGCCGACGGGAGUUUCAACUGCACUGUGUCUGGGACGUAUGGGACGUGGCCCGAUCGCUCACCAUGUAGAGCCGCGCGAGCUUUGUUCCCUGCUUCGGAGGAAGAGCUUGUCACUGCUGUGGCCUUUGGAUCUCGGAACAAGAUGAAGAUGAAAGUUGUAAGUAAAUCUUCUCACAGCAUGACCAAGCUCGUCUGUCCCGGGGGUGACGAAGGUCUCAUCAUCAGCACGCAGAAACUCAACCGGAUUGUUCAAGUGGAUCCAUCUACAAAGACCGUCGUUGUAGAUUCGGGGGUUCAGCUCCAGGACUUGGUGGACAGCGUUGCUAGAUUCGGGCUCUCGCUGCCGCAUUCUCCCUACUGGAACGGGCUUUCCAUUGGAGGAGUGAUAAGCACGGGAGCUCAUGGGAGUUCUCUGUUCGGGAAGGGAUCUGCAGUUCACGAGUACGUCAUCGCCAUGAGGCUGAUAGUUCCGUCUCCUUCGGCCGAGGAAGGAUACGCCAGAGUAAUCAACGUAACAAGUGAGGCGAUGCUCAACGCUGCAAGAGUAUCGCUUGGAGUUUUAGGCGUCGUCUCGCAAGCCACGCUCGCUCUAGAGCCGCUCUUCAAGAGGUCCGUCCGAAUCCAGCAGAAAGCCGAUGCAAGCCUGGAGGAUGAGAUUGUAGAGCAUGGCAGGAUGGCCGAGUUUGGAGACGUUGCCUGGUAUCCGUCGCAAAAGACAGCUCUCUUCCGGAUUGAUAACCGAGUUCCGGUGGACACACCAGGAGAGGGAGUGAACGAGUUUCUUGGUUUCAGGCCCGAAGCAACUGCACUGCUAAGAAUGCUGAGGAUGUCUGAGGAGCUUUACGAAGCCACCAACAAUCCGGCCGGUAAAUGCACCAUGUCCACGCUCCAGGUCGACACUCUAGUCAUGGCCGGAAUGGGAUUCAAGAACCAGCUGCAAAAGUUCACCGGAUAUCCUGUCAUUGGCUUCCAGAACAAAAUCCAGACAACCGGUACCUGUGAGAACGUCCUGGAUCAACACCACUUCUGUCCGUGGGAUCCCCAAGCACACGGCUUGUUCUUCCACCAGACAACCGUUUCCAUAUCGCUGGACAGGAUCAGAGACUUCAUUGUGGACGUGAAGAAGCUGCGGGACAUGAAUCCGAGCGCCUUCUGCGGCGCCGAGCUCUAUUAUGGCGUGCUGCUGCGAUACGUGAGAGGAUCCAGGGCCUUCCUGGGAAAAUCUGAGGACUCGGUGGACGUCGACAUCACUUACUAUCGAUCCAGGGACGCACACACUCCCAGGCUGAAUCAAGACGUCUACGAGGAAAUCGAGCAGCUGGCCGUGUUUAAGUACCGUGGUCAGUCGCACUGGGGGAAGAACCGCAACGUUGCUUUCAUAGGAGCGGCUGAAAAGUAUCCAGGCCUCACCACCUUCUUGCAAGUGAGGCAAAGCCUUGAUCCCGAGGGGCUCUUCUCCAGCGAGUGGUCGGACUCCAUGCUUGGAUUGAGCUCCAGCGGCGUGGCCAAUAGCCAGGCAAAGCACUGCGCGCUCGAGGGACUUUGCCUGUGCUCCUCGGACGAGCACUGUGCACCCGAGAAGAAGUACUACUGCCGUCCCGGGAGAGUUUUUGCAAAUGCCAGAGUUUGCCGCAAGGGAAGCUAAGCAAGUAUGGUUCUUGAAGUUGAAAACAUAACUCCUUUUUUGUAGA